AUGGAUCCAGUUGAAGAAGAACCAGAAGAACCAGUAGUUGAUCCACCACUUCCUGAAGAAGAAGAACCAUCACCAAUAAUUCCUGAUGAAGAGGAACCAGCAGACCCAGUUCCAGAUGAAGAAGAACCAUCACCACCAUCUCCUGGUGAAGAAGAACCAGCAGAACCAGUAGUUGAUCCACCACUUCCUGAAGAAGAAGAGCCAUCACCAAUGGAUCCAGUUGAAGAAGAACCAGCAGAACCAGUAGUUGAUCCACCACUUCCUGAAGAAGAAGAACCAACACCAAUAAUUCCUGAUGAAGAGGAACCAGCAGAACCUGUCCCAGGUGAAGAAGAACCAUCACCACCAUUUCCUGGUGAAGAAGAACCAGCAGAACCAGUUCCAGAUGAAGAGGAACCAUCACCACCAUCUCCUGGUGAAGAAGAACCAGCAGAAUCAGUAGUUGAUCCACCACUUCCUGAAGAGGAAGAACCAACACCAAUAAUUCCUGAUGCAGAAGAACCAGCAGAACCAGUCCCAGAUGAAGAAGAACCAUCACCACCAUUUCCUGGUGAAGAAGAACCAGCAGAACCAGUAGUUGAUCCACCACUUCCUGAAGAAGAAGAGCCAUCACCAAUGGACCCAGCUGAAGAAGAACCAACAGAACCAGUAGUUGAUCCACCACUUCCUGGAGAAGAAGAACCAACACCAAUAAUUCCUGAUGAAGAGGAACCAGCAGAACCAGUCCCAGAUGAAGAAGAACCAUCACCACCAUUUCCUGGUGAAGAAGAACCAGCAGAACCAGUAGUUGAUCCACCACUUCCUGAAGAAGAAGAGCCAUCACCAACGGACCCAGCUGAAGAAGAACCAACAGAACCAGUAGUUGAUCCACCACUUCCUGGAGAAGAAGAACCAACACCAAUAAUUCCUGAUGAAGAGGAACCAGCAGAACCAGUCCCAGAUGAAGAAGAACCAUCACCACCAUUUCCUGGUGAAGAAGAACCAUCAGAACCAGUAGUUGAUCCACCACUUCCUGAAGAAGAAGAGCCAUCACCAAUGGACCCAGCUGAGGAAGAACCAACAGAACCAGUAGUUGAUCCACCACUUCCUGGAGAAGAAGAACCAACACCAAUAAUUCCUGAUGAAGAGGAACCAACAGAACCAGUCCCAGAUGAAGAAGAACCAUCACCACCAUUUCCUGGUGAAGAAGAACCAGCAGAACCAGUAGUUGAUCCACCACUUCCUGAAGAAGAAGAGCCAUCCCCAAUGGAUCCAGUUGAAGACGAACCAGCAGAACCAGUGGUGGAUCCAUCAGUUCCAGAAGAAGAACCAACAUCAACAUAUCCGGGUGAAGAAGAACCUGUGAUUGAUCCAGCAGUUCCAGAAGAAGAACCAGCACCUUCAUAUCUUGAUGAAGAAGAACUAUUGGAACCAGUAAUUGAUCCGACAAUUCCUGUCAUAGAGGAACCAGAACAACCAGUUGCAGAAGAGCAACCUGCACCAGUUGAGGAACCACCGGUUGAGUUGACUGAUCCUGAACCAACGCAAAUUGAGGAAUCGCCACCUGUUGCAGACGAUGUUGAAGAAGAGACUCCAGCAGAUACUGAUGAUGGCCUCGGCCUUAUAGAACAAAUAGUGGGUGCUAUUAAUACAGGCUUAGGCAGUUUGGGUUAA